GGGGGACUCUUGGUGGGGUUUCUCUCACACCGGACGUUGUUGGUGUACCUCGCUGCAGAAAUGUCUUGAAUGGAAGCUUCGGACGCUGUGAGCCGCCUUUGUUUACAUCUGGUCAAGAUGACGUGAAGCUUUAAGUUAACCGGUCCCGUUUUCCGCCGCUGAGGUACCAUGGCAGCGCGGAUGAAGCUGAAGCUGAAGACCGUGUUUGUGCUCUACUUCAUGGUGUCCCUGAUGGGUCUGAUCUAUGCACUGAUGCAGCUCGGCCAGCACUGCGACUGCACAGAACACGACCUGCCAAAAGAUCGUGCCAUGUCCCGCCUGCAGGAGGAGCUCUACCGCCUUCAGGGCCAGAUAAGGCAGCUGGAGCAGGUGAAACAACCCGAGAAGCAACCUCCCAAGUCCUCCCUGCCCACCAUCUUCGUCAUCACUCCCACAUAUGUCAGGCUGGUGCAGAAGGCCGAGCUAACCCGUCUGUCCCAGACUUUCCUCCAUGUCCCUCAGCUGCAUUGGAUCGUGGUGGAGGACUCGCUGCACAAGACGCCCCUUGUUACCAACUUCCUGAUGAAGAGCGGCCUGACCUACACACACCUGCACGUGCCCACUGCAAAGGAGCGCAAACUGCAGGAGGGUGACCCCAGCUGGCUAAAGCCCCGCGGCGUCGAGCAGAGAAACGAAGGACUACGGUGGCUCAGAGAGGACAGAAGGACUCAGCCAGGGGAGGACAGUCAUCAGGGAGUGGUUUACUUCGCUGAUGAUGAUAACACGUACAGCCUGCAGCUGUUUGAGGAGAUGAGGAGCACUCAACGAGUUUCUGUGUGGCCUGUAGGGUUGGUUGGUGGGAUGAAAUUUGAGAGCCCCGUGGUUGAAGGAGGAAAGGUGGUCCGCUUCCAUACCGGCUGGCGGCCCAGUCGGCCUUUUCCGAUGGACAUGGCCGGCUUCGCCGUGUCCCUGAAGCUGGUCCUGGCCAAUCCGGACGCUUGUUUUGACGGAGAAGCACCCAUGGGCUUCCUGGAAAGCAGCCUCCUUAAGGGCCUGGUCACAAUAGACGAGUUGGAGCCCAAAGCAGACAACUGCACUAAAGUUUUGGUCUGGCACACCCGGACAGAGAAACCGAAGAUGAAGAGAGAGGAGGCGCUGCAGGUGCAGGGACUGGGCUCAGAUCCUGCUGUGGAGAUCUGAACACCUAAACGCAAACAGACACAUUAAAAACCAUCCCCUUCAAAACAGACUUUUGAUUUACUUUACUCUGACUGUUUGGUUUUGCUUCAACUAUUGAAUUAGUGUGACACAUGAAUGUUUUAGUGUUUAUUGAGCCGUCAUUCUGCGGUUUUUUUUUUAAGAUUAUGGUGCAGUGUAUACAGCUGCCUGAAGGGGGCGCCAAAUUUAAACAUUUUAAAGCAGUUUUCUUUUACAAAGGAACAAAAGUGCCACAAUUUAAUGCACAAAUAAGUUGUAAAAUUACGAAGUAUUAGGGCCAGGCUAAGAUUUUUUUUUUUUUUUUUAUUAAUCAUGAGAAUAAAGUCGGAGUAUUUAUGAGAACUCUUACAAAAAAUACAGUUUUCCAUGCGCUAAAAUGAGGAAUGUUGAGCAUCUUGUGAAGUUAUACUUUAGUAUCGGUUUCACAAAUAAGGACAUUCUUAAUCUUUUAGCACAUCAGCAUCAAAUUAAUACCAGUAUUUGGACUUUGAAACGAUUGUGCAUAUGAGUGUGUCUGAUUCCAAGAAAGAAACACACAGACCUGGAAGAAAUUGCUUGAUAGUGGAACAUGAGCUACUUUAUUCUCGCAAUGUUAUGACUUUAUUCUUGUAUUUUCCCCCAAAAAAUCUCUUAGCCCUAAUAUUCCGUCGUCUUAAAUAAAUAUUAAUUUAUGCGAUUUUUUUUUUUAAUUGGAUAUACAUUGAUAAAAUAGAAAAAUAUGAUUAUCUAUCUAUAUGAUAUGAUAUGCUACAACACAGCUAUGUUUUUAUUUUCUGUGUUUAUUCUUAGGAUAGUGACACUUUUGGUCCUCCAGACUUGCAUGCUGUAUUUGCAGACAUAAAUGAGGGUUUUCCAUGUUGCCUGUUUGGAGUAAACCCAUAGUUGUUCCUGGCAGCCGCUGGAUAUAUUUAGACUGUAUGUGGUUUGCCCUCAACCUUUCCGUCCCUCUUUCUUGAUUUUUUAUUUUUUUCAAGAUUCAAACACAAAUAUUCAUGCAUGGCUUUUUGUUUUGCAUGUUUAAUGUCUAAAUCUGCAUUAAGUCUUUAGAUGCUUUCGACAGCAUCAAAGGUGGAAAAGUGCUGUUCUUAUUUAACUGUUUUUGAGUCAAGGUAGAGCAUUAAUAGCAUUUGUCUAGCAAUAAGAAAUAUUCACAACAAAAACACUAGCUAUAUAUUUAGAAAUACAGCAAGCAAAUCAAUUCUUGUCUCCAUUCUGGUGAAACACUGUUCCCUGAUGCCCAGAGCAGCUUUAGAGCUUACAUCUUGCACCACAUGGAGCAUAAAAAGUCCUGAUUUAGAGGGAAAUGGGGGGACUGCUGGCGCUCAUAAACCUGAAUGUUCAAAGCGCAAUAAGCAAACUAAAAAUGCUCACUGUGUUGCAUUUCCACUCUGGAAAACACUUGAACUUGACUGUAACAGGCAGGAAUCUCUUGGUACUUUUAUUUUAGCAGCAUAUCAAGGUUUACAGCCAUCUCCCACAACCUCCUCGGCAGUCGGAGCACUGAAGAUCAGUAAACUUCAUCACUGUAAAAAACAGCCUGUGCCUGCUUAAGAAUUAGUGCCUGUGAGAAAGUUUAUCUGCUGGUGUUUGUGUAUUUAUUAUUGUGAUUAUUGUUCUCUACAUUGUACAGUGCGAUAAUGUCUGACCCAGGCCUUGUAAAUAAACAUCAUGCAAACAUG